AUGGUAUUUUAUGUGAUCUUUAGUGUUUUUAUCUUUCUCUUCUUUUCCUUUUCUUGUGGCAAGGAUGGUCAGCAUCGAGGUAAGUUAUAGUUUAUGCGUUUUAUUUUCGUUAUAAGCAAUUGUUUUACAAUUAAAUACCAGCUAUAGUUAAAAUAAAAAGUGUUAUGAGUUGUUUACAACAAGAAUAAUUUGUUAUUUAAAAUACGAUUUUAGGUUUGGAAAAGACGCCCAAAAACGAAGGGAACAAUGUACCGGCAGAUAAUGAAAAAAAGGUACCAUCGACCAAAGUAGUCAACAAAGAAACAGGGAAACCCAAAACUAAGAGGAAAACCGAAGUCAAGAAGAAGAACUCGGACAUGAUGGAGGACAGCUCUCAAUCACAAACUUCUAAGAAGACCAAGAAGAAAACCAAGUCAAAGAUUAGGGUAAGUACAAGUUAAUGUAAUUAAAAUUCUGUAGAUUUAGCCGCUUUACUCUCAUAUGUUUGAAUUAGUAAUGUAAACAUGUACAUGUACUUUUAGAAGAAGGAAAGCAAACCGAAAGCUGAUGCCAUACUUGAUACUAAAAAACUCAAAUCACCAGCAUCGAUAAAGAAAACCAAAAAUGUAAAGAAAAAAGAAGAAUCUGACGUUAAAACUGAUGGUAAGUUAACCGUAAUGGUGCAUUUUUUAAUAAUUCUGUCGUAUCUUAUGAGGAUUUGAAUAUUUUUCAUAAAAUUUUGCGUCAAAAACUAAUUGUUGAACCUUUUCAGAGAGCACUAUUCUUUGCACACCGCAAUGGCUGAUCGAACUGGAAAAGCGAAUAAACUCAGAGACCAAAAAACGACCGAAAAAGGAACAAAAAGUGCCGCCAGAAGUCCCGCAGAAGGAAGUGCCACUGGUCUCGGCAAUUGGUACCGUCGCAGAAGCAGUACAAGACAAGACACAGGUCGAGGAAGAGAAAACGGCACUGGAUGUGACAGAGAAAGAAAAGAAACAACAAGAAAGCAUCUACUUUGGUGUACCUCCUCUAAAUCCCGACAAUUCGUAA